GGGGUAAUUGCUCUCAGAAGAGACCUUUGAUUCCUUGACUAAGAGAAUGGGUAAAAAAGUAAAGAAGGAAGCAGAGCCUCCACCCAAGGAUGUGUUUGAUCCAUUAUUAAUUGAAAGCAAAACACCAGAAACGGUUGUACUAAUGCUUAGUUCUCCUGAAACGGAAGUUUUGACCAAAGCAUGUGAUGCUCUAUAUAAAUUUGCUUCAAAAGAUGAUGAAAACAAAGUGAUACUCCUUGGUCUUGGAGCAUUGGAACAUCUGUAUAAACUCAUCUCACAUGAAGAUCCCAUUGUACGCAGAAAUGCCAUCAUGGUUUUUGGCAUCAUGGCUUCUAAUAAUGAUGUCAAGAAGUUACUGAGGGAACUGGAUGUCACAAAUCCACUUAUAUCACAGCUGGCGCCAGAAGAAGAUGUAGUAAUCCAUGAGUUUGCUACUCUCUGUCUAGCACAUAUGGCUGUUGAAUGUACUACUAAAGUAAAAAUAUUUGAGCAAGGUGGGUUAGAACCACUUAUCAGGCUGCUAGGUAGCCCUGAUCCUGACGUUCAGAAGAAUUCACUUGAAUGUAUUUACCUUCUGGUACAGGAUUUUCAAAACCGUGCUGCAGUUAGCGAACUGAGUGUAAUUCCACCCUUGCUGGAACUACUGGAAUCUGAAUACCCCGUUAUUCAGUUGUUAGCCCUUCAAACCUUAGAAGUAAUUAGCAAAGACAGAGAAACCAGGAUAAUACUGGGAGAAAAGAACGGAUUAGAUUGCCUGCUGAAGAUACUGGAAACCGAUGAAUUGAGCGAUCUACAUGUCGAAACUCUUGCUGUGCUGGGAAAUUGUCUCGAAGAUGUGCAUAUCCUGCAACUGAUUCAGCAGACAGGAGGCCUUAAAAAACUCCUUGCACUUUUAGGAGUCUCCACUGUUCCUGAUAUUCAGAAGAAUGCAGCAAAGGCAAUUACCAAAGCAGCUUGUGACUCUGAAAUCAGAAAAAUCUUAAAUGAGGAAGAGGUUGAGAAAUGUCUCCUAAAGCUUUUGGAAACUGGCAAUGAUGAAGUUAAAGUUGCUGCUUCCCAAGCAAUUUCUGCCAUGUGUGAGAAUGCAGAUAGCAAAUGUGCACUUGGGCUCCAGGGGAUUCCCCAGCUGGUACAGUUGCUAAGCAGUGAUAAUGAAGAGGUAAAAGAAGCUGCAGUGACAGCAUUAGCUAGUUUGACAGAAGCCAGUCGUAGUAAUGCAAGUGCUGUUGCUGAGGCUGAAGGAAUUGAGCCAUUAGUGAAUACCUUGAGUGCUCAGAGAGAUGGAGCCAUUGCCAAUGCUAUUACAGUGCUGACAAAUCUGGCCAUGCAAGAGUCGUCCCGUGUCAGUAUCCAGAGCCACGGUAUCAUGAGUGCCCUUAUGGAACCACUGCACUCCACCAACAGCCAAGUGCAGAGCAAAGCAGCAUUCGCUGUGGCUGCGUUUGGUUGUGAUGCUGUUGCAAGAACUGAGUUAAGAAAUGCAGGUGGACUGGGACCACUCGUUGAACUGCUGCAUUCUAAGAAUGACGAAGUCAGAAGAAAUGCCUGUUGGGCUGUUACGGUCUGUGCAAGUGAUGAACCAACUGCUGUCGAACUGUGCAGGCUAGGUGCUUUAGACAUCCUAGAAGAAAUUAAUCUGUCGACAAAGCGUAAAAAUAAGUUUAGUGAAGCUGCUCUGGAAAAGCUACUUGAUAACAAUCUUUCCCAAAAGUACAGCCGGUUGGGAUAUUUAUCAUCAAGUAAUAUCAUUACUAAUGGAUUCUAUGACUGUGGUCAGAUAAAACCUGGAGCAAAAUUUUUAUCUUUGGAAGAACUAAGCAUGCAAGAGCUUACUGACCGUCGGGCAAUAAUCUUCAUUAAUGCAAAACCCCAAGAAGAUCUUGCAGUAGAGAAGGCACAAGAUUCACCACCUCCCACUUCAAAACUAGGUAGUAAAGAAAAAGCAAGAAAAGGGAAGGGGAAAAAAGAAGAGGAAAAAGCAAAAGAAGUUAUUGAUAUUACACCUAAAGACCAGGAAGAAAUAAAUCUAGAAAAUUCACUUUGGUUACCACCAUCUGACGUAAUUUUAAUGGAUUACAUUAAUGAUGCUUCCAAAACAAUUCUGCCGCUAACUACAACCCGGGAACAGGUUGUGGCCCUUGCACAGUUUGUUGCAGACAGGAUGGGUGGCUCUAUUGAAAGAGACAAACUACAUGACUUCAGCUGGGAACUUCACAUAAGUGAAAUAGAAUUUGAACUGAAAUGCAACAUUGUGCCCAUCGGGAAGAUCAAAAAAGGGACAUUCUAUCACAGGGCUUUACUUUUCAAGGUCAUAGCAGACAGAAUUGGCAUUGGCUGUAGUUUAGUUCGUGGCAACUAUAACAGAGCUUGGAAUGAAGUUAAAUUGGUUGACGACUCUCCCAAGGGAAUAGCUGGGCUUCUGCUUCCUCCUCAAGAGUAUAUUGUAGAUCUAAUGUUUGAGCCAGGCUUUUUGAUAAAACAGGGAAGUGCGAAGGCAGAUCAAUACAAACGUAUUUAAUCAUCUUGGCAAAUUUCACCAAAUAAAUAUUUUAAAGAUGUUUGCAGUGCUGUAUUUUUGAAACAUAAGGGGUUUCAUAGCCAACUAUCAAAAAUAAGCAUAUCUGAUAUGUUGUCUUAAACAUUUAAUUAAAUGAAUUUUUGGUAUCCAGCUGCAAUGCUUAGAAAUGUUGUUAAAUUCUUUUGUACUAUUUUAAGACUAAACUGUAAAACUACAGAUUAAAAUUUGGUAAUCAGUAUUUGUU